AUGAACAAUCGAGUCUUGAUCAUUGGGCUUGACCAGAACAAGAGGGAUCUUCCAGAGAUCACCCCCGAUAACUCCUUGUCCAGGGACGGCCUAUGCAUUGUGCAGCUGAAGACUAGCCAGCAGGUCAGUCUUCUUCUUAGGAGGCUGGGGACUCUUCCUCGCGUCAGGGCCUACUCCCUGAAGGAGUUUUACAGCAUAAUAGAAACGGAGGACAAAGAGUAUGUACCGCUGAAAAGGCUGGAGCCCAAGGAAUUUAUUGAUUUCCAGUUUUCUGGAUGUGAGGAGUUUGUGGUUCUCAACAACGGUGUCCUUUCGCUGUCUGAGCAGAAGAACAAGGAGUUUGAGGAGAUAGGGACAUUCCGUGGAGUUAGCAAGUGUACGGCUAGCAGCGAUGGGAUAUUUGUAUGCUUUUUCAUAGGUAAUGCUGUUGAGAUCAGGACGGGAAGGCGUCUUGACGUGUUCAGCAGGAUUGCUCUUGAAGACGAGGUGACGGGUGUAACGUUCAGCCCAGACAACAAGUUCGUCAUGAUUUCCACAAGGAAGGAAACUGGUGUAUGGGACACAUUCAAGAACGAAUGCAUCGUCAGAGAGCAAGGAGGUCAGAGGAAUGCCAUGUUUGAUGGAGACCGAGUUUACUUCCUGAAUAAGAACAAGGCCUUUUCACUUCCAUCGGGGAAGGAGAUCGAGCCUGACGCAGAGCUUGCCGUUGUCCGUGACGUCAGGCGCCAUGGGGACCAGAGGAUAGAGUUCAGCGAUGGCAGGGUGCAGAGAAUUAGGUAUAGCAUAGGAGAACACAAGCUCUCAAAGACACAUGCGAAUAUCGAGGAGAUUAAGUUCUACUUUUCCGAUAAAAGAUGCUUUGCAUUGCUGACAAAGAGCAUACAGAAGAAAAAGGUUCAGUUUGUGGAGUCAUAUGGGGCAGACGGAAUAACUCUUACACAGCUUGAGGGAUGCGCUGAGCAGAUGGAGGUGUCAGACAAGAUGUUUGCCAUUGUCGAUUCGACGCAGGCUCUUCUGUUCUACAGCAGAGACAAGUUUGGAUUUAACGUGACAAAGGAGAUCAAGAAAGAGGACGACGUGCUCAUUGCCUUGUGUGGAGAGGUGUGCUGUGUCUACGACUCUGACACAGGAAACAUAGAAUUCUACGACAACGGCGAGCUAAGGAGUGCUUACACUCACCAGUCGUGCACAGAGAUUGCAUGGUCACACAGUGGACUCUAUGUUGCCUCGAUAUCUGCUGGAGACUGCUCUAGUGGGCUAGUCCAGAUGUUCAACAGAAAUGGAAGGCUUCUUUGGAAAAAGGUGUUCAACAAGCUCGCUUUAUUGAUGUGGAGGCCCUUCGUGCGUAUUUCUGAAGAGGAGAAGGCAAAGGCCAUGGAGCAGUUUGAAGGAUCUACCACCGAUGACACAGGUGAGGAGGAAGAGUGCACAACAGACAUAGACGGGCUUCUUUCCAAGUGGAAAAGUUACCUCAUUUCCAAGAAGCAGAGGGUCCUGUCAUUGAAAUAA